CCUAGUUUAGAUUUAACUUUAGAAUAUCGCUCGAAUAAAAAUAGAAAAAUAUUCAAAUUACUUAUGUGAAUAGUACUUAUUAGUCCUUAUUUUUACCUUCUCUAUAUAGGAGUUGUAAGUCAGCUUGACACUCCAUUCUUGAUGUGUUAACACUCAAAACCUCCCACUGCACUCCAAAUAUAUGAAUGAAUGUAUCUGCUGAAGGAGUUGAAGCUGUGGCAGAGGUUGUUCCUUGGGAAGAAGUAUCUGAGUCAUUGGAGCAAAAGAGGAUUGAUUAUUUAGCAGCAAAGAAAAAAUCACUGCGAGCCCGUUAUAUAUAUGGCGUAAUCUUCUUAUUUACAAAUCUUUGUGCUUGGUUUAUUCGUGACUAUGGGCAAAGGGUUCUGCCUCAGCUCCAUUAUUUUAAAUCUUGUGGAAUUCGCGGAAGUGAUUGUUUCCGUACGCUGGGAGUUCUUCGCGUGAGUUUAGGAAGCUGUAUAUUUUUCUUUCUAAUGUUCCUCACUGCAUCUAAAACAAGAAAACUAAGUGAAGCUCACAAUGUAUGGCAUUCUGGAUGGUGGGGAUUCAAGUUUUGCAUAUUGUUUGUGUCAAUGGUGGUUCCACUCUUCAUCCCUCCACACUUCAUUCAAUUAUACGGUGAAUUUGCUCGUGUCGGUGCAGGGAUAUUUCUCGUUCUUCAACUUAUAAGUGUGAUCCAGUUUAUUACAUGGUGGAAUAAGUACUGGAUGCCUGAUGAGCAAAAGAAGCACAGCUGCUCCCUUGGGUUAUUCAUGUCUACACUGUUUUACAUUGCUUCUAUGGGUGGGAUCGCAUUCAUGUACUCAUCAUACGGGAUGAAAUUAUCGUGUGCUCUCAACAUCUUUUUCAUCACAUGGACUGUGAUUCUACUUGUCGUGAUGAUGGUGAUAUCACUACAUUCGAAGGUUAACAGAGGUCUUUUAUCUUCCGGAAUUAUGGCUUCAUAUCUUGUUUUCCUAUGUUGGUCUGCCAUCAGAAGUGAACCUGCAAAUGAGGAAUGCAACAAUCGAAAACAAGGGAAUGAAGGUCACGAUUGGACUACUGUACUAGGCUUCCUGAUCGCGAUAUGUUCUAUUGUCAUGGCGACUUUUUCAACUGGCAUAGAUUCACAGUCAUUUCAGUUUUACAAAGAUCAAGUUCGAGAGGACGACGACAUCCCUUACAAGUACGGAUUUUUCCACCUAACAUUUUCCUUGGGGUGCAUGUAUUUUGCGAUGUUGUUCAUCAGUUGGAACCUCAGUAACUCUGCUAAGAAGUGGAGCAUCGAUGUCGGAUGGACUAGUACAUGGGUAAAAAUCCUCAACGAAUGGUUUGCAGCUUCAGUAUUCUUAUGGACGUUGAUUUCGCCGGCGGUGAGGCAGUCGAAAGUGAUGGAUCGUGAAGAGGCUGUGCAGGAGAUUGAUAACUCAGACGUGCCAUGAUUGAUUGAUUAUGUAAUCUUCAUUUGUUACAUGGCCAUUAUUCUUUCUGCAUCUGUUAUACUUCAAACAAGUCACCAAAGACACAGGGACGAAUAAGCCAUUAAUAUUCCUUU